UGGAGUUUGGCUGGAUAGGAGAAUGAAAUGGAGAGGAUAUGUAUGUAUGCAUGGCGACCGCCGGUCUUGAGGUGCGCGAGGCUGGACGGGCGCUGCGAGUGCAAACGGAAGCGCCGCAUCUCGUUUCCAUGGGAAGCGGACGUUUGUCAACGGCGGUGACCCUACAUCCUUUGCCCGAAGGUAAAUUAACCCUUGGAUCGAAUCGAGAUGCGGACAUUUCUGUCGUUGGUACUGGGGUCGAGUCCAUUCAUUGCGCGAUUGAAAACAAUAACGGCGUGGUCACUCUUCACCCCAUAAAUGGAAGCACGGCAGUCGAUGGCGUACCAAUAAAUUCGCCAGUGAGACUCGCUCAAGGUUGCAUGCUGUCGAUCGGUAGAUCGAACUACAUGCGCUUUAAUCAUCCAGCCGAGGCGAAACAAUUGCGUUCAGUACUGCCACACUCGAGAAUCUCCAUGGCACCCAUAAGCUUCUCCUUACCGGACAACCAGCUCCAGGAGAACUAUCAUCUGGAAAGGAAGCCACCGGUAGCGCCACGAAAAUCGCCAAGAAAUUCCUGCUCAGACGACGAAAUCGGUUUCCUCGGAAAAUUAACGAAAUUCGAGAUGCUGGCGAAGCAAAACAGAAACAACUGCGUUUCUCCAAAAGUAUUCCCAGCAGGUGCCAUUACCACUAACGUACCUGCCGAUCAAAUUCUCGGACACUCGAGAUCCUCCAGCUUGAUCUCCCUAAAAAAUGGCAACAACAGUUCGCUGUUACAAAAUUUAACAAACCUAGAAAGAAGUCGUUCGAACACACCGUCUUUCAAUUCAUCAUCACCAGCCCAUUUCCUCAAUUCGUCCUCUCCAGCCACCUGUUUCGCCUCUUCCUCCCCUAACUACUGUAGCGACGAGAGUCGUCAGAGGUCAGAUAUGAGGACACCCAGUAGGUCCAACACGCCUAACCUUCAGUACCAGAACACGUCGACGCCGAAUCAUAAUCAGAUCCAGAUGUACUCGACCGCUGAGUCCUACCUGAAAACCUACAAGCCCUAUUAUCGAGAUACCAACAACGAGAACAGCCAGGGUCCCCACAAUCUGAUGAUGUCGAAGAACAACGUGAAUCAGGGAGACCUAAUGUCGCGAAGCUUCAACUGCCAAAGGGCGAACGACCUAGACGAAUUGACUCCAAGGGAUUUUGACAUGAGCCAAAGCUUGAUAGUCACCAAGACCACGACGACAGAGUACCUUCAGUUGGAGAAGUUCGGCUCGAACCCUAACAUCUGUAACAGCCCGAACAAUGGGAACUUUUGCGGCGGCAGCUUGAGGAAUGUGUCCGGGACCCCGGGUUUCGGCUCGAAUCCCAAUAUCAAGAGGAUACAGCCGCCCAGUCCAGCGUUCAAUCGCAAUCCGAAGUACAACGAGCCAAAGAGAGGCUUUGGACGGGUGAAGAGCCCGACUCCUAGCACCGGAAGCGGUUGCUCGCUGGAGGAGCUGAGGGAGAGACAGAUUGACGCGGAGAAUAAGCGGCGAGAGGCGGAGAACAAGAGGAAACAGGCGCAAGAGGAGAGGCUACGCGAGCAGGAGGUCGAGAGGCAGGAGAAAAUGAGGCUCGAGGAGAUCCUUGCCAUGUGCGCCGAGUACGAGAGGCAGAGCACUGUGGAGAAGCCGAGGCAACCUAACAGGAUCAAAACGAAUGGCUCGCUACCACGAGACAAACGACUUGGCUACAAUUCACCCUUCGACAGCCCGAAGAGUCCAUCGAAGAACCAACCGCACUUUUCCUUCGACACUGCCAAACAGUCAAACUCAGCGUCAUACGAGAACGUCUGCGUGCAAAAUUCGAAAGUCGUAUUCCAAAACGGCAACUCACCCAAUAACCGUCGAAACCAAACGACAAAUCAUCCGGAGAACCAAACUGUGAACAUGCAGGAUCACUCGCAAUCGAUCACGCCAAACAACAAUAACAAUAGCCAACCAACGAUGUGGCCAAACGUUCUUGGCAACGGGGAACAUAGCUUUUCAGGCUCGAUCUCGCAAGCUCGUAGCUCUGGUUACGAGAAUACGAUGAUCGAGGGUUCGAUGUACAACAACAACAGUGGCAGUUACACACAGCUAAUCGACCCAACGAAGGAUACCUACGGAACGAUCCAGCUAAAUGGGACGAGGAUCAAUGGGCAACAGAAUAAGCAUUCUCGAAACUACGACAGUUCGAUGAACGGGAAUGUGAGUCUGUACGAGAACGUGGUGAUCAACUCAGUGCAGAACAACAAUCAAAACAAUCAUUCCAUGCCAAAGAAAAAUGGCCAGCUGUCAAACUCCUGCGACAUGAUAGAGAACAAGCUGGCUAUAUCAAACGACGACCUUCUAGAGGCUAUCGAGCAGCUUUCCAUGCUUUCCAAAUCCAAAGAAAUUUGCACGAUUCCCAAGAAGAACAAUUCUGAGAAGGACAACGCGAAAUCGAACGAGGCUAAGGCUGACAAAGAGAGGAAGGAGCUGGAACAGGAAGACAGAAAGAAGUAUAUAGAGUUCCUCCAGAAUGAGAAGCUGCAUAUCCUUAGUAAUAUGGAUGCAUUGAAGAGGAGCGUGGCUGACAUUGAGAUCCAGGAAGAGGAGAUUAGCAGGGAGCUCGAAUUAGAGAAAGCACUGCUGUCUGCAGAGUACGAAUCGGAGUCGUUGAAGCUUAGUCAGGACGAGGGUGAGAAGAUAAAGGUACAGAUGCGGAUAAACGAACUCGAGAGACAGAUGGCCGAGGAUAACAUAAGCCAGGCGAAUUUACAAGCGGAAGCGAAGCAGAGAGUGCAAAGGGCCCAGCAUGCUUGCAGUCGUUUGGAGGAAGAGCUGGCGAUUUGCACGGACGAAGCCAUGCAACAGGAUAUCGGCGAGAAGCUUAUGGCUCAACAAGACGUCCUCGAGUCGGAAAGAAAGGCUUUUGAGGAUUUGGAAUUCCAUCAUCUCGAAGAGGAGGCCAGCAAACUGGCGACCAGGGAAGAAUUACAAAGAUACUUAAGUGAACUGACGACCAAGAUAGAAACCAGGAAGGCUCGGUUGAGCCACUUGGAAUCUCAGAGAUCUGAAGCGAAAAGCACUGCGACUAAAGAUGCAAGAAGCCUCGAAAGACAGAAGUUGACGCAUUUGAAACGGUUGGAAGAAGGUCGAAACCGAGUUAGAGCGAUCAACGAUGAACUGACAAAGUUGGCGCAAAAUUCUUGCGAGAACAGCGACGAGAAACGAUCUCCGAGCAGGGAAGACUUCGACAGGAUCUCCAGGGUCACCACUGACUCUCCCAUUGUAAACAAUCAGGGCAGCUUGGGAAGGAAGACUAUAGAAUCCCUCAAGGAAAUUGAGAGAAAUCGACAGCUUCAUUUAGCGAAACAAGGCAGCCAAGUAAUCUCCGAAGAAAGACGAAGAGUAGAGGAACUAAAACGACGAGUACAAGACGAAGUUCGGUCGCAGUGGGAAGAAAGGAAGAUGAACUGUACCUCUUUCAACAGCGUUGAAUCAGGCGAAGAAUCCUCCAGUUACUCAACGGGGCCAACGGAAAGUGGCAGCGGAAGCAGCGACAGUGCAGAGGGUGGAACCAGCGAGAAAUUGUCUCCUAGCAAGCUUUCCGAACUCACGUCGCCAAGUCCUGGCCCUUCGAACAAUUCCUACAGUCUGCUCCAAAAUGAUAACAUGAGAGACGAUCGAAGGACAUCAAUGGAAGGCGAGAGACUUAGCAAUAACAGUGGGGGAAUAAUCGACGGAAACGGGAGUCGCCCUCUUUCGCAAACCUCUAGUGAAAUGGACACCCUUGGACCAUUGCAACCAGUGAAACACCGUGAAAAGGCAAAACUGCAGAGGCCGCUUACGAGAUACCUUCCCAUCAAGUCGGAGUCUCUGGACCUGAGGCAUCAUAUCGAGACCGCUGGACACCAGUUACCCCUGAUACACGAUGUCACGGUCGAUACAACCAGUUGCAGUGGUUACCUAUCGAAGAUGAGCAAGAAAUUCCAUCAUUGGAAUAAACGAUGGUUCGUCUUCGACAGAAAGAGGAAGACCCUGUCAUAUUAUAGCGACAGCUCGUCCAGAAAAGCACGUGGAGUGAUAUACUUCCAGUCAAUUGAAGAAGUGUAUGUGGAUCACAUGAACACCGUACGAUCGCCACAGCCAUCGUUGACUUUCAUCAUCAAAACAUCGUCCAGACUUUACCAUUUAAUGGCACCAAGUCCAGAGGCCAUGAGAGUUUGGGUGGACGUUGUGUUCACCGGUGCCGAAGGAUAUCACGAAUUUGAUCACGGUAUCUGAUAAGCCAACCGUUCUCACGUUUCUGGUCGAAAUUCGUUUUACUCUUGAGGAACUCUCAAGGAUCGCUAUAGCGUGAUUCCUCACCUGUAGCCUGCAGGUUUAGAAAAUGAGCUUCGUGAUCGUUUGAAGACACGAUUUGUUACGAGUGGAACUACAAUUGCCUACACUUUGGAGCUGGAUUUGACUGGCAUAUCAAAGACACAAAGGUCUCUUGAAUUUUACAAAGGAAAUUUAUAGUUAUAUUGGUGCUAGAUUACUCAUUUAGGCAACUACAUGGAUUAAAUCCGAAGCAAUAGAGAGAGAAAGUAAAAGAGAGAGAGAGCAGGGGAAAGAAUAAAAAAAAGAUGGAAUAUUGGAAACAAUAAAUGAUACCAUAGACAGUGAUAGUGAGCGCUUUAUCUUAAAAACUAAAUGAUACAUUGAAAUUAAGAAUAAUAAUGAUAAAAGUGAAUAAAUUUAUUUACAUGAUUUAAUAAGAAAAUUCUAAAUUGAUUAUGGGAAAAUAAGACUUUUAAUUAUGUUUGAGUCAAUGUGUUAAAAAAUGAGGGCAUUGAUGUGUGCGUCAUAUUGAAGUAUUAUUCAUCGAAAUGCAGGCUGAUCAUAACUUGAUUCUCUUUAAACAAGGUGAAUAAAUUUUAUAGAAUUUACUGUUAAAUUUUGUAGACAUUUUUAAUCUAGUCUUCCAGCAUAGAUACUUUCAAGAGUAAUAAGUUAGUGUCCCAGCAUUCGAGAAAGAAAGUCUUCAACAAUAGUUCAACAUAUAUUCUGGUAUGAACCAGGUGUGAAGUCCCUAAGAAAUUGUAAAUAUGUCCCAUUUUACUUUUUACAGUUAUAUUUUGACUUUUUGAAUAAAUAUCUUGAUAUUGCUUAAUACCAAGGAUUAUAUGGAAUAGAAUCAUUCAUGUCUCUUUAUAUACCCAGAGGAAAUUUUAUCACAUAUAUACAUGGUUCUUCAUAACUUGGAACUUAAACGUCAUUUCAAAUUUCCAAUUAAUAGAAAUAAUUAUAGAAUUUUUCAUGCGUCUCAUAUUAAAUAACUAAUUUCUUCUUAGAUACAUGUCAUAUUAAUGUUCAUUAGCAAAGUAAUAAACACAACUUGUAGGUAUCCAUACUUAUUCAAAAUACACGAAUUAUGCGUAUUCCCCGACGUAUUCAAUGUCCACGUUUAUGGAAUGUGAUUUUUAAUAAACAAAUAUGUCUGAAUAUAGCCUAUUGUACGAAUCAUAUUAUUAUCUAGAUAAAUAUGUAAAACUUAAUAGAGCUUACAAAUAUAAAAAAUUUGUCUGAACUUUGUCCAAUUACUGCUUAAAAGUGUGUUCAAAAUAUUUUAAUUGAUCAACUG